AUGGAUCUCGCAAAAGUCGCACACGAAACCAAGGCCGUCCUCCCAGACAUCCUAGCAGACAUUCCCAACUUUGACGCCACCAAAUCCUCCCUCACCAAGCUCGACGACACAGACGCACUCUCCCCCGCAGACUGUCCUGGAUUCAAGUCCAAAGCGAGCAUAAAAGUCUUAGACAUGGACUCCUUCGACGCAGCCCUGCACCUAGAUCCAACCUACAACGUACAAAAGCACUUGACUUCCUCACCACCAACCCCCCAAGCACCCGCCUCAAACUCCGUCCUAGUCCUCAACCUAGCCUCAGAGCGCUCCCCGGGUGGCGGCUGGCAAAAAGGCGCCCUAGCUCAAGAAGAAUGCCUCUGCUACCGCUCCUCCCUCUCCCUCUCCCUCCCCCGCUCAUUCUACCCUCUCCCCACCCUUUCCGCAAUCUACACCCCAAACGUCGUCCUCUUCCGCAUUGUAUCUGUUGUUAGCGCUGCUGCGCUGCGGAAGCCCGCGUUGUCAGGCGAUAAAACGACAUUUAAGCAUAUGGGUGCUAGGGCGGUUACGAAGAGGAAGAUUAGACUUGUACUCCGGUUAGCGGCGAGGAAUGGACAUAGUAGGCUGGUGCUUGGUGCGCUGGGCUGUGGUGUUUUUGCUAAUCCGGCUGAAGACGUGGCAAAGUGUUUUGCAGAGGUGUUUGAUGAGGCCGAGUUCCAGGGCGGGUGGUGGGAAGAGGUUGUGUUUGCUGUGUUGGACAAUGUUAAUAGUGCGAGUGGGGACGGGGGCAAAGAUGGGAGGGGGAAUUUUGGACUGUUCUAUCGGGACCUGCAUGGGAAGGUGGUUUAA